CACCGGAGCGCGGGCUGCCCCUGGGCGCCAGCUUCGGCUCCCGGCUCAGAAAGCCAGAACUCGGGUGUGGAGAGCUGGAGGCCCUGUAGAGCGGGGGUGGGCGGCCCGGCGGCCCCGACUCCCGCGGCGCAGCGAGGCGGGGGGCGAGCAGGAGAGCCCGGCUGCAUCCCCGGACGCUCGUUUGGACGGCUGACCGCCCGGCGGGGACGUGUGCGAUCCCGAGAGAAGCAUCUCCCGACCGCGGACUCUCGAGUUGGUGCUUUCCUGUCCCUUUUCUACCCUUCAGCCUUUCCUCCGGCCUCACGAUUCCUUGAGCCGUAUCCCACUCCUCUCCUAAAGGCCUCUCCUCCCCUCUGCUCCUCUUUCUGUCAUGGGGAAGGACGUGCUGUGGCGAAUCGACGACGUCAUGCUUCUGGCCACCCGGGACGCGUUUGGUCGUCGCGUCCGACCGCCCAGCCCUGCUCCUAAGCGUCUGUUUCCCACCUGCCUCGCUAGCGACGAGGAGCGGACGACCGCCCAGUACUUCUGUAAACCAAAGUAAUUACCUGAUCCUAGCGGGCUUCUGAGCGCGCCGGCACCGCACGGGCUCCGCGAGUCUAUUGAGAAGACCGAGUACUGAGUAUGGGCUCCCCAGUACUGAGGAGGAAAGCUCGGGCUCCGAAGACCCCAGCUCCGUGGGAAUGAAGCCAGAGCCUCUUAGCAGGGCGCCUGGCGCAGAGGCGGCCCCGAGUUCGGUGUCGGCGUCCGCAACUGAAGUCAGGCCUUAAGCAACCCGAGAGACCCUGUCUCAAAAUAAAUAAGCGCACUCCUGCAAUCCCAGCACCGCGAGGCCGAGGUAGGGGUCGGUAGUUCAAGGCCAGCCUCAGCAACUCGCUACCUGAAAAGUUUUGCUCUUAUGCAUAAAGAUGUCUUUGGUGGACUUGGGGAAGAGGUUGCUAGAAGCAGCAAGAAAAGGCCAAGAUGAUGAAGUGAGAACAUUAAUGGCAAACGGUGCCCCAUUUACCACAGACUGGCUUGGAACAUCACCCCUCCACCUUGCAGCCCAGUACGGUCAUUAUUCCACAGCAGAAGUGCUCCUUCGAGCAGGCGUUAGCAGGGAUGCCCGGACCAAAGUGGACAGGACCCCUUUGCACAUGGCGGCAGCUGAUGGACAUGCGCACAUCGUGGAACUGCUUGUUAGGAAUGGAGCAGAUGUGAAUGCCAAGGACAUGCUGAAGAUGACAGCUUUGCAUUGGGCCACAGAGCACCACCAUCGAGAUGUGGUAGAGUUACUUAUCAAAUAUGGAGCUGAUGUCCAUGCUUUCAGCAAAUUCGAUAAAUCUGCCUUUGACAUAGCCCUGGAGAAGAACAAUGCUGAGAUUUUGGUCAUCCUUCAGGAAGCAAUGCAGAAUCAGGGGAAUGCUCAUCCCGAGAGAGCAGACUCUGUGCCUAACCCUGUGACUGUGGCUGCCCCAUUCAUCUUCACCUCAGGAGAGGUUGUUAACCUUGCUAGCCUUGUUUCUUCAACCAACACCAAAACAACCUCAGGUGACCCCCAUGCCUCAACAGUACAAUUCUCAAAUUCUACCACCUCAGUGCUGGCCACCCUUGCAGCCCUUGCUGAGGCAUCAGCCCCCCUCUCCAAUUCACACAGAGCCACAGCCAAUUCAGAGGAAAUCGUGCAGGGAAAUUCUGUUGACUCAUCAAUCCAGCAAGUGGUGGGGAGUGGAGGCCAGAGAGUCAUCACCAUAGUAACUGAUGGAGUCCCUUUGGGUAAUAUCCAAACUGCAAUCCCUACUGGAGCCAUUGGCCAGCCAUUUAUUGUAACUAUGCAAGAUGGACAGCAAGUUCUAAGUGUACCUGCUGGUCAGGUUGCAGAAGAGACUGUAAUUGAAGAGGAAGAGGAAGAAGAAGUAGAGAAGUUGCCACUGGCAAAGAAACCAAGGAUAGAAGAGAUGGCAAACAGUAUGGAGGAAGGCGAGGAAGGCAGAGAAAGAGAGUUACUACAGCAGCAACUCCAGGAGGCCAAUCGGAGAGCCCAGGAAUAUCGACACCAGCUCCUAAAGAAAGAGCAGGAGGCAGAACAGUACCGCCGCAAACUGGAGGCUAUGGCCCGGCAGCAGCCCAAUGGAGUUGAGUUCACCAUGGUGGAAGAGGUAGCUGAGAUAGAUGCCUUAAUAGUCACAGAGGGGGAGGUGGAAGAAAGAGAAACACAAGUGUCUAGGUCAGGGGGGACCACAGAGCCUCAUACUGGAGUUUCCAUGGAAACUGUUUCAUCUUAACAUAUAAGGGCCACAACUUGCCCUGUGUUCAUCUUUUAAGAAGAAAAUACAGAGCACAAACACUGUAUUAAAAUUAAGGAUGUCCUUAACAAGAAAACUAUGGCAGGGUACAAUGCUUGGGCCCAGGAAAACUGUAUACAACUGGAAAAUUCGAAGCUGUAUUUAGGGAAUGCUUCUCCUGGGGAGCCAAGAGAGAAUAAGGACCAAGUUUCUCAGCUCACAUUGUUGCUUUAAGCAUACAGGUAAAAGUGAUAGAUGUUAUACGUUGAUUUUUUUUUUUUAAUAACUGACUUUGUAUCAAAAGAUUUUAAGAUAAUACUCCUAAUGCAUAUACACCAAAAGCCUUUAGUAAUUAUACCAUCAAGUGACCUGAAAAUUUGCCUUAAAUUUAUAAAACUAAUUAGGAGGGAAUUUAGAAGCAAGCUUCGGGGAAGAGGAAAGGAAUAUAUUCCACUUCCAAAGGAGCAGGCACUCCCAUCUAUCCUGAGUUAAUAUCACUAGAAAAAAAUUUUUUAAUUACUUGAUAAAUUUGUGUCCAUAGCUCAGAUGCCAGUGUAAGAAACUGAAACUGCUAGGGAUAUAGAUGUAGCUCAGUGGUAGAACAGGUCCCUAGCAUGCCCCAAGUCCUGGAUUCAUCCCCAGCACCACAAAGAAAGGAUGAGAAAAAAAGAAUGAAACUGAAAUUGAAUUUUUAAAAACUGGAAAGGAAACUUGUAUGUGUAGAAGUUUACAUAAUACCUGAAUUCCCCAGUCUGUAUUUUGAGUGCUGGUAGGUGGCCUAAAAGAGGCUGGCAGGGUUAUGGAACUCUUGUCUUGGGAUACUAACUUUGCACUGGCUGGAUUUUAUAAAAUUGCAAUCAGGAGGGUAAUCUGUUGUCCAUACAACUUGCUUCCAAACAUUAUUUAUGUAAUAUCAGGCUCAGACUCUUUAAUUUUAUAAAACUUUGUUGAAUUUGUGUCACUUAGGACACAUUUGCUUUUCUGUGGAGCUUAUGUCCUCUUAAGUGCAAAACAAAGGAGGGUGGCAAAGAACAAUGCUGAUGAUGUAUAGUUUGUUUCCAUUUGAUUUAGGAUGAGUCAGCUGCUCUGUUUUUGACCUGCUACAGAGCUUUGUGCCUUACUGGUGUUCAGUGUAUGCUGACAAGGGAAUAACUAUCAGUGCCAUAAAUUACGGAACCAAAGUUUCUGUCCUGUUUACUUUCCUCCCUUUUCUCCCACUAUGCCUGCUCCUGCUGCCCAGAGACUUUGGAAAGUGUCUCAUUGCUGGGUUUUCUUUGUGUGUCAUCAUGCAGUUUUUUCAAAAGAAAAAGGGUGGUGUGGUGGCGCAUGCCUAUAAUCUCAGCGGCUUGGGAGGCUGAGACCGGAGAAUCACAAGUUCAAAGCCAGCCUCAGCAACUGCGAGGCACUAAGCAACUCAGUGAGACCCUGCCUCUAAUAAAAUACAAAAUAGGGCUGGGGAUGUGGCUCAGUGGCUAAGUGUCCCUGAGUUCAAUCCCCAGUAUUAAAAAAAAAAAAAAAAAAAGAGGGUGUAUGGAUGGAGAGAGAGAAAGGGAGGGAGGAAGAAAGAGGGAGGGAGAGGUUGUGGAGAGGUUACAUUGCAGAGGUUAUUGCCUUUGAAAUUGGGCUCUCAUUAUUCUAGACUUGCUUGCUUUAUUGUAAAUUAUUAGAAGAAGAAACCAGAGGGAGAUGUGCCAAGUAAACAUUUGAAUGACUGUUUAGAAUAUGGUUUUCUCAAUUAAUGAUCAUGGGGAAAACAUGCAUUUUUAAUUUGGAAAAAAACUUGACAGUUAACAUGGUUCUGUUUACCUUGAUUAGUAAAGUAAAUUGCUACAGUGUUCUGAAGAUGCAGAAUCAUUUUGAGCUCAAAAUAGACUGAAAAUAUAAUUCCCCAAACUAAAUUUAAAAAACAGAAUUGGCUAUUAGACAUUUAUAAGCAAAAUACCAGUUUUGAAAUUAACCUUGGCUAUUGGCCAUUAGCUAGGUUUUCUCCAUGUAUCUAGCACUUCCCAGAUGAUCACAGAUUAUUCUCGGCUGUUGGGGAUGACAGGGAUAUGAAGUGGAGAAGCCUAGGUAAAGUUAAGGAUGAAAUUUUAGUAUCUACUGUCAUAUCAUCCUUGUCCUGUUUGCAUGUUUUUCUUUUUUUUCUGAGUCCUUUUGGGAACCAGGUACUAACAAUAAACUGCUCUGUGGCAUUUCAGAGUCUUAGCUUAAGUAAGUAUAGAGGGACCAAGUACCAUUUUAGAUAUCUUUUGUUUAUGUUUUGGUGCUGUUCCCCCCAUUGAGGGAGUAGAGAGAGGUUAGCUGCAAAAAUUAUCUAAACCUAGUCAGUUGUGGUGGCACACAUCUUUAAUCCCAGCAACUGGGGAGACUGAGGCAGUGGGAUCACAAGUUUGAGGCCAGCCUGGGGAAUUUAAUAAGAACCUGUCUCAAAAUUAAAAAAUUAAAAAGGUCAGAGGGUAUAGCUCAGUGAUAAAGCACCCCUGGAUUCAAUUCCAAGUACUGCAAAAAAAAAAAAAAAAAAAAAUUGAAACUUUACUUCGUUCUCUGGGCUAUUUACUGAUUGGUAGUAGGGAAUAUCCACCUAGCACUCUUUUCUGAGCAUAGAGAGUCCCACUUUGGGGGGGAACUGUUUAGGAAUUCUUAUUACUCUUUCUGAGGAAUAUAUCUUCCACUCCUCUCCCAAAGUCUCUAAUACAAACAGGUUAUUUUCUUAUUGGAGAGGCUGGAGUAGGGAGUGAAAGAAGGGAAAUGUCUGUAAAGGGGUGGAGAGGAAAAAGGUAUUAAUUUUUAUUUACUUGGAAUAGACCUUUUAGCAUGCCCUAGAGGGGAAAUAGGAUUUGGUCUACAGUUAUACUGCCAUGAAGAGAAUGGUAGCUCAGGAUGCUCUGUAGAAUCAGAAGUUCGGCAUUGAAUGCAGUACUACAAUACCAUGUCUGAAUUUUUCAUAUCUUUCUGGGUCAGUCAUGGAAGUUAGGAAAAUGUGGGUUAGGUCUUCUGAGUUAGGGGAUUACAAUUAGUUUACUGGCAAGGUUGGAUUAUUGAGAAGUAAGGUGGUUCAGAGUUGGUCCUUGAGCAGGAGAAACUUGGAGUUUAGGAUAGUUCUCUACAUUAAAAUGAAGCUGCUUUAAUUGUAUCAGUAUUAAAGUCAAGAAUUUUAGAACCUACAUUUGCAUUUUGGUCUUAAACCUUUUUCCAAAGCUUCAGGGAAAUUAAUUAUAAACAUAUAAAUAUGCAUUUUGCUUCCCACUACUACCUCUGUGGGAUCUCUUAAUUGUAAUGCCAGAGUUGAGAUCCCUUGACUGAAAUACUGAAAAACAUGGCUUUAGGAUUUUCUGUGUUUUGAACUCAGUCCUUAAAGAUGUUUUUUUCUCUUGUCAGAUAUACAUUUAGCUAUUUACUUUGCAUUCUUUCUUCUUCAGCCUUACUAUUGCAUAAUUAAAAUUUUUGCUUGUUUUGUGAUGCUAGAAAUCUCUGUAUACAAAAUGAUUUCUUUCUUUAUAUUAAUGUAAAAGAAAUUAAUUUCUCAGAGGUCCCUCCAUUUGAAGUUGGGUAUUGUAUGAUGAGGAUAGUUUCUGAACCCCUUUGCUGGUAUACGUUAGUGUGUAUGUUUAUAAAUAUGUAUUUUCCCAUUUUCUCUUCGUUUAUUUGAGGUUCUGCUCUAAAGCACCAGGUGUAACCUGGAAAACUUUUUAUUCAUUAAACACAUAGGGUUUCUUUGGGUUCAGUGAAUGCACGGAGGAAGAGAAAGCAUUACUUUGCCUGCUUCUGAGAGAUGUGCUUUAAUAGGCAAAAAGAGAAACCAGAGGGGUGAGGCUUCGGGAGAGCCAGCGCCUGGCUUUAAAGGGAAUUUGUUCAGCAGACAGUGUGAUGACAUCGUGUAUGUGAAAGGUUCAGAGCUGAGUAGGGACAGAAAUGGAGCUGCCCCUUCACCAGACAGGCCUCCUUUCACUCUUGUGGAAGCUGUUUUGACUGACAUUUAUAAAAUCUCAUCCCUCAGUGGGGAAAAACCUCACCAGAUAGAGAGCCAAGGCAGCAUGGCAGAAGGAAGAUAUUCCCUACAUCCAUUUUCCUAGUUUAGAAAUCUUAUUUUGAGAAAUGAUCUUCAUUUUGAGAAAGCUUGUGUGGCUCUUUCCUAACAACAUUAGGGACCUCCAGAGCUAGAAGACCUGAGGCAUGUAAUGAACUCCUAGAAAUUUAAUAAUGACUGGGAAUCAGUUUUUGUCCUAAUUUAUUAGAGAAUGGCUUCCUAUUCUCCACUCCGGUCCAGACCCAUCUCUGGAUGACUGGGAAAGGAACUUUAAAAUGGAAUGCAUGUCAAGCCCACCUGUACGUAUGUACUCUAGGCUUCUGUCCAUCUCCAUUUUAUGUGAUGAUUCUUUCCCCCUUCUGAGUUAGUAGUUAUUUCCUACGCCAAUUUAUUUACCAAGACAGCAGGAACAAGAAAGGCAUGAAUUAGAAUUAAAUAACUUUGAGCCUCUGGUGCAACCCUUUUUAAUUAAAAAAAAAAAUUUUUUUUAACCUCUCUAGGACUAGGGAAUAGAGUGACAUUCCUAGACUCUUACAGUAGCAAUUUGGUUUGUUAAUAGCAGGGAAUUGUGAUUCCCUAUCUAUCUCUCUCUCUCCCUUCCUCUGCCCCCACUCUACUGCUUCUGCUUUUGUGAUUCAUUGUUUUUAUCUCAUUAAGUCUUUCUAAGGCACUAGAACUUAAUUAGUAGGUCAUUUUAAAUCCUUGGGCCUUAUCUUUUCUCUCUCCACUCCCCUCCCUACCAUAUAUUUUGUUUAUUCUGAUGCAGUUUGUUUCUGAUAAUUAAUCUAGGUCACACCCUCUAUUUAACUGUGCUUUCCCAGUUGGUUUCAGGCAUGUUGCUCUAUCAAUAAUGAUGGUAACAACUCUUUCCUGGCUUUGCCCCACAUGCUUUCCUCUGCCAAGGCCAUUUGGUGGGGGGCAGCAGGGAGGAGUGCCCCUACAUUCUGUUCACAAUGUCCUCAGUUUUUCAGGUUGUCUGACAGCUUUAUGUACAGCAUGUUUUUAGGAAAACUUAAAUAUCCUACUUUUUUAAAUUUAGGAUAGAGUUUGAGUCUGAUGAGGAAGUCUGUAUGUCUGUGUGUAUGAGCAUUUAUGUAUGUAUAUAUAUAUACAUAUAUAUAUAUACAUACCUAUACAGAUCUAUAUUAUAUAUACAAUUUUUGUACUAUCAUUUAAAAUAAAGAUGUUUCUUAAUAAAAUGUCAAAGUCUUA